AUGAAGUCACUCCUUUACACUGCGGCCUUGCUGCCGCUGGCUUCCCUCGCUUUGGCAGAGAAGCACCACGAAGUAGACGAGGUCGUCGUGGUGACGACAACACGAACCGUCACCGUCUGCCCGAUCACAGAUUAUUGGACCUGCGCGCCUGAUGGGCCAACAGGAACAGGGUCGUGGGAUGACUGGGGUUCAAGCUCUCCUACGGGAGUCGUGACCACGACAACGAAGACUGGUGGUCCAGCUACAACCACCGGGAACGGAAGCGGAGGCGACGAUGAUGGUCAUGGUGGACAUGGCGGCCACGGAAGUGGCUCUUCCACCAGCCCUGUUGGUCCUGGGACCACAUCCUCUAGGACUGACGGCGGUCACGGCGGACACGGAGGCGGUUCUGGUUCCUGGACUUCAUCCGCCACUUCAUCCUCGAACGACAACGGCCACGGUGGGCACGGCGGCGGUGACUCUACCACAAGCUCUCCCGUUGCCCCAACUCUGCCAACGUACACUACCUCUGCAGGGACUACAAGCCACGGUGGCCCAGGCAAAGACAGCAGCACCAGUUCGUCCCCCGCAGGCACCAGCUCUGGCACCACGAGCUCUUCUCCUGCAGGCACCCACUCGACCAGCAUCACCACCUCGGCAUCGGGAACAAGCUCCAGCACCACUAAGACGUCUACGACAUCUACUUCUUGCGUCCCCUCUCAGACCGUCCCGGCUCUUCCCGAGACUGGCUGCAGUGACAACACCGCAAACGACCGUAGCAAGUGGUGCGGCAAGUCCGUUGGCGAUGAUACACAUGUCCAUUAUGAGUCUGGCAAACUCAAGAAGUUCGACCUCGUGAUCACUUCCGGCCAGGCUGACUUCGACGGCACUUCUCGUCCUUCCUUCUUGAUCAACGGCGGAACUCCUGGUCCUCUGAUUGAAGUCAACUACGGUGACUGGGUUGAGGUUACAGUUACCAACUUGUUGACCGACAAUGCCACCACUAUUCACUGGCACGGUGUUCGACAGAUCGACACCAACGACCAGGACGGUGUCCCGGGUGUUACUGAGUGUGCUAUCCCGCCUCUUAGUGUGCGCACCUACAAGUGGCAUGCUUCGACCUACGGAACUGGCUGGUACCACUCUCACGCCCUUUCUCAGUACGGUGGUGGUAUCCGAGGCCCCGUCAUCAUCCACGGACCUUCCACCGCCAACUACGACUACGAUAUGGGCACCGUCAUGGUUGAUGAGAUCUUCUCCCAGACCAUCUUCCAGAUGGCGUGGAACAUCGCCCGUCUCCGAGGUCCCCUCCCUGCGGCAGUCAACUAUAUGCUCAACGGCAAGAACAAGGCAGUUGAUGGUACCAAGGGCAAGUCUGCGGAAUGGACCGUUCACCCUGGCAAGAAGCAUCUCUUCCGCAUCAUCAACUCUUCUGCGCAGGCUUCUUACGUUAUCCACUUUGACAACCACAAGAUGACGGUCAUCAGCGCUGACUAUACCCCGAUUGUGCCCUACACGACCGACACCCUGUAUAUCAACCCUGGUCAACGGUAUAACGUCAUCGUCGAGAUGAACCAGACUCCUGGCGCUUACUUCCUCCGAGCCAUCACGCAAACCGGUUGCGGUACCCAGAAUCUGAACAAUGGUCUCGGCUCCCUGGCCAACGGUAUCUUCACCUACAAGGGCAGCUGCGGCACCCCGGUUACCGACACCUUGACCCCUACAAUUGGCGCGACCAUGCAAUCCGACUGCAAGGACGAGCCCCUUGCCAGCCUGGUUCCAUUUGUUCAGAAGAACGGUGGGUCUUCAGCCAAAUUCACCUCCAAUGCUCAACUCCUCCCUGGAGGCAAUGCCGCCCAGCAGGCCUUUGACGGCUACGGCCCCAUCACCAGAUGGUACUUCGGCCCGAUGGGCUCCGUCGGGUCCAAUACCGCCGGCACCCUGGGCAGUAGCACCGUCACCGUUGACUAUGACAACCCGACGCUCAAGAACAUGGCCACGCUCCCAUCCAUUGGCUUCAAUAGCUCCAUCUACUCCAACGCGGUGGUCCUCGACGGCACGCCGGGCGACUGGGUCUACUUCGUCAUCCAGAACAACUUCCAGACCUCGCAUCCUAUCCAUCUGCACGGUCACGAUUUCUCCGUCUUGGGCCAAGGCAAGGGCACCUUCAGCUCCGCGCAGGCCUCCACUCUCAACUUCGCCAACCCCAUCCGCCGAGACACGGCCCUCCUCUUCGGUAUUCCCGGCGCAGGUGGCGCGCCACAAGGAGGCUGGACCGUCAUUGGCUUCCAAACCGACAACCCGGGCGCCUGGGUCAUGCAUUGCCACAUCAUCUGGCACGCGGAUGGUGGUAUGGCUCUGCAGUACAUCGAGCAGCCGGACAAAAUCCCCGCGACGGACUACUACACGAGCGAGAGCUUCCAAAGCGAAUGCGCCGCUUACGAUACCUACGUUGCUGCUGGUGGCGAGAAACCUGCCCCCUAUGAGUCUGGCAUGAAGAGAGAUCUGCUGCGACACCGCUUCGGAGAGAAGCGAUUUGGACGACACGGCAUGCAUUAG